AUGAUCCAAAAGAAAGUGAGGAAGGAGGUAGAGGCUUUUGCAGAGAGCAUGAUAAUAUCAAAGGAAGUGGUCCAAAAAGGUAGGGAGGAGAAUAUUCUCUCUAAGGAGAAGACUAUGAAGAAGGAGACCAAGAAGGAGACCAAACCAGAAGAAUCUAAGCCUAAGCCAAGGAAAACUAGAAGCACAACUCCCUCCUCUAGUCCUGCAAAGCCUACAAAUAAACCAAAAUCUUUAGCUACACCAUCCAGUGAAGGAAAGAGGAAGAGAGGACAAGCUAGAGUGUUCAUUUGUAUUGCUGAAGAAGAGAAUGAAUCUAAUGAAGUUGUCAAGGAGAUUAAGGAUAAAGUUUCUAAAGCCAGCAAAGCUUCAAAAGAGAAAUCUGGUAAGAAACAUAAGCUGUCUGAACUUGAUAAGGCAUUAAAAAAAGGUAAACUUGAGGUUAUUCCUCCUAUGUAUUUGGAUGAGAUGUUAAUGAGGUUGUGA